GCUUGGGCGAAAGGGACAGUUGAAACUCCGGGCUGUCGGCAGUUCGGGAGGAUGAAUCGCUACACGACGCUGAAGCAGCUCGGUGACGGCACGUACGGCAGCGUCCUCAUGGGCAAGAGCAACGAGUCGGGGGAGCUGGUGGCGAUAAAGAGGAUGAAGAGGAAGUUCUACUCCUGGGAGGAAUGCAUGAACCUGCGAGAAGUAAAAUCUCUGAAGAAGCUCAGUCACGCCAACGUUGUGAAACUGAAAGAAGUUAUCCGGGAGAACGAUCACCUGUACUUUGUGUUCGAAUACAUGAAAGAGAACCUUUAUCAGCUCAUGAAGGACAGAAACAAGUUGUUUCCUGAGUCAGUCAUCAGAAACAUAGUGUAUCAGAUAUUGCAGGGGCUCUCAUUUAUUCAUAAACAUGGUUUUUUCCACCGUGACAUGAAGCCUGAAAACUUGCUAUGCAUGGGCCCUGAACUGGUGAAGAUUGCGGAUUUUGGAUUAGCGAGGGAGAUCCGUUCGAGGCCUCCCUACACAGACUACGUGUCCACGAGGUGGUACCGAGCUCCAGAGGUGCUGCUAAGGUCUUCGUCCUACAGCUCCCCCAUCGACGUGUGGGCUGUGGGCUGCAUCAUGGCUGAGCUCUACACCCUCCGGCCACUUUUCCCCGGGACCAGCGAGGUGGACGAGAUCUUCAAGAUCUGCCAAGUUCUUGGGACGGUGAAAAAGACCGACUGGCCGGAAGGCUAUCAGCUGGCCUCGGCGAUGAACUUCCGUUUCCCGCAGUGCGUUCCCACGGAUCUGAGAACGCUCAUCCCUAACGCCAGCAGCGAGGCCGUCGCUCUGAUGAAGGACAUGCUGCAGUGGGACCCCAAAAAGCGGCCCACUGCCGUGCAGGUCCUCAGGUAUCCUUACUUCCAGGUGGGGCAGGUACUGGGCCCCCCCGCCCAGCACCCGGAGCAGCACAAGCCCCCGGUGCGCACGGCGCAGCCCGCGGACCUCAGGCCCCUGUCCCUGUGCAGGUCGGACCAGCAGUCAAAAGCAGAUCAAGCCCAGAGUCGAACCCGACACCAGCCGCUGCAGCAGAUCCCCCUGCCCCAGCAGAGCUCCGGUCGGAACGGUCCCGACCCGGACAGCCGCUGGCCGGAACAGGCUGCGCCGCUGAGCCUCACCGUACGCUGCCCUAAAGCGGCUCCGGCGGGAAACGAGAACAGCUUGAUGGGACUCAAGAAUGGCCGCAGGCGCUGGGGUCAGACCGUGGUCAAGGCAUCCGACAGCUGGGACGAGUUCGAGGACUCUGACAUCGGCGUCUCCUAUUCCAAGAAGCCCAGCAUUGGGUCGGCCAAGGAGAAAAUAAACGAGGAUUCUGUGUUCCGAGCUGCGGCAGCAAAGCCCCUCAACACGUACAGUGCCGUCAUCAAGUUACCCAGCAGCACGACCCUCAACCGCAUUGGCUCCGAAACGUCCAACUCUUCUUCGGCAAAACAGCACUACCUGCGCCAGUCGAGGUAUCUCCCUGGAGUGAAUCCCAAGAGUUCAUCAAUAGUUGGGAACAAGGAGCCGGGGAGAGACCUGUGGGGAAAUCCGACCUCCUUAAUGAAUAAACCCCUGGGGCCCCUUGGAGCCGGUCAGUCCGUUACUAGAGUAAAUGAAGAAGACACUAUAAAUAAAGCCACAGAUAAACAGUCUCUGAAGGAAAAGACCCUUGACAAGCUAGAGCACCUGAAAGGAAACUUCGUAACAACAAACUUCAGCCCUUCUGGGGGGUACAUUACAACGUUUCAGAAGAAGGAAGUUGGACCCGUUGGACAAAGGAUUCACCUUGCUCCCCUCGGUGGAACUUCUGCAAAGUGCGAAGGGUGGAAAAGCAAGGUGACAAAGUCUCAAGGGCCGGGACCCAGUUUCAACACGCCUGGGAAGGGCCUCCUGUCCAGGGCAGCCCCCAUGCAGCCGGUACACGGGCGGAUAGACUGGGCCGCAAAAUACGGAGGCCAUCGGUAGCGCCGUCCGAGCGUCGCCGUGUGUUCCUACCCAUAAUGCUGUUUAAUGAACCACAGCUUACGCUAAAGGAGAAGAUCUGUCUGCUGCGACAACUUUGCCUUGAAGUGGAUGUCUACGGUUUGGAUUGCGAUGUAGAAAUGUCUACUGAUGAUGAUUAAGUGCAAAGGAGGUUUUUUUUUUUUUUUUUUUACCUUUCGUUUUAAAAAGUGACUUUUAGACAUUUAAGUCAAUACAGUAGAUUUCGGCACACUGACAGAUUAUAUUUUUGUGUUUUAGAUACUGUAAUGUAGCU